CGCUAAUCGCAACAAAAACUUACCGGCUUUACUAGGCAUGUAAUAACGACCUCGUACGGGCAGCCGAUUACUUUUACGGUGGCGGGGAUUUGCAGAAGGCAAGGGAGGACUACAAUUGGGACGCAUCUCUGUUUGAUGCUGACCGGGAUGGGAACCCGAGCACCCAAAUCGGCCAUAGCUACGAUAACAACCUUCAAUCCGAGUUCCAAAUACAAGCACCAGAUGUUCACGUUGGAAGUGGGUAUGAGGGGACGAAGUCCAGACCACCAUCCAGGGUAUCAAACAGGGCGGGGGGCUCGGCGGGUUAUCAAGGUAGUGAGAUUGUCUUUCUUCCUCCUUGGCCAGGGCCAGAGGACUCAUGGAUGGAAACAACAGAUUCUGAUCGAGAUUUGGCUCGAGCUCUGGCUGCCUCCAUGGAGGGCUCUGGUGCCCAUACCGGUGAUUAUGGAGCACAGGAGACUGGGAUAACUGGGACACGUACUUCCCCAGCUACCUCCUAUCUUCAACCGGCAAAUCCGAAUCGGGAAUAUAACCCACAAAAUUGGGCUCUAACCACGACCCAUGAGAUAUUCCUAGAUCCAGGCCCAUCAGAGCGCAAGCGUAAACCAGGAGAUCCGGCAUUUCUUAGGCCGGCAAACUCUGGCAGCAAUAUAGCCGCCCUGCUAACGAUUCUACAUGGUAUCCCGGCUGCUAGGGAGUCUAUGCUUGCUAGCGACUGUCUUGAUCGUGACUAUGGACAUGAUGAUCAGUGGUGGAAUGGCCAGCAGAUUAGAAUCUUAAGGGUCACUAAUACUGGCGAUGAGGAGACCGAUGAACCGGAAAUCACGGAAGAGGUUAUAGAAGUUCAAAGGUUAAUGGCCUUUUUGGAUGGUACAAUGAGGGCUUAUGGAAGUGUGGAGAGCUUAGCCAUGAACCCAUGCUAUCAAGAGCACAAUCAAACCUCUACCCUUGCGACGUUCUUUCGUUCAUGGAUAAGAGCAAUCCAAAAAGCUACUCUGGAGCCUGCUGAAGGGAAGUACAGCUGUACAUUUUUUUCCGAAGCCACUCAAUGCAUCCGAGGUGCAACGGACGAGGCCUUGAUGAACAGAGAGGCUUUCCAGAUUAUGGAACUCGUUGCUCCUACAAUUGGCGAGACCACCCUUUACGAUAUGCUAGACUCAAUUGUUUUUCCGCCGGACGAUGAGACAGAUGUUUUCGUCAAAUUCGCCCCCGUCAUCUGUGCUCAAAUUAAACCCUCUGACAACGGGAUAUUUAAUAGUUGCCCAAUUGCAAUCCCAACCGUUUUGUAUCCUGACAGGUAUACCCAAGCUUGGACGGAACCUAUGUGGGAAGUUAGAAGGAAGAUUGAGGAACAGAGGAACAUCAUAGGGGAAAUAGAACUCCAAGAAGAUAAGCUAAAGGGGAUGCAGGUGAACGAGGGUACCUAUCACGAGCUCCAGAGUGUGCCCCAACCUCGAGAACUUUUGUCGAUCCUUGCCGAGCAUUACGCGACUGAAGGGAAUCGUGGAGCUUCGGCUGGGAUUGCUAAUGGAGUUCAGUCGGAGUCAAGUGCUGUUCUUGCCAUGUUGGAGGACGUCAUUCGCCAACUUGACGUGAAACUUGAAGCAUUGGCAAAGAAGAAGGAAGAAGCCCAGGAGACCCUAGUAAAACUAAGGUCAUCACUUACUUCACCUAAAGAGCUCGAUCCUUCACUUCCUCCACUGACAAGGUAUACACUGCGCGGAGUAUCUCCGGAGAGCUCUACUACCUUCACUCUCCUCCGAUCAUCUGACUUGGAGGAAGGUCAAAACUCUGGCUCAUCCACUGGCCCAUCAGGGGAGCAGUGGUGGUGCAUUAGCUGGGCACCAAGGGCACCAACAACCGGAUGGGAUACCACGCCUACUCUGAAUUACAAGGUUGAGAAGGUGACUGAAGAGAAGGUGAUGGAUGCUAUUAAAACUACCGGAGAAGGCGCUAUCCUACUAGUUUAUGCGAAUGACGAGGCGUUGAAUUUCGGCGAAGGGAUUGACACCUCCUUACCGGGUCCUCUUCAGACAUUUGUCGACCGUGAUAACGCCGCCUUCAAAGCGGAACUGCUGCCAAACUCCCCAGGCCGAAAGCGGCAUAACGAUUGGCUCGACGCGGAAGAUGAGGGUGCGAGCUCUUCUCCAGGUGCAGGCUUCUCCCCAAAGAAGAUUUCGUCUUCCCGAAGUAGUGCUACCCUGGGAAAUGCAACCCCCGAAGUUAGUCGUAAAAAUAGUUUGAGCGGAAACGAAAUCGAGAUGAUGGAGGGCAUAGGAAGCGGAAAUAGUCAACCUACUACUACUGGAGGAGACAAUGCCAUCGGCAAAAAAAUAGACCUUCCCCAGCCUGGAGGUGGGGAAAUGCAGGAGAGGGGCGGAAUCUCCCCGGUCGCUAUGGCCUUCCAUCUUGAUUCCAAGGACCGCGAAAGGGAUCUCGAUCAGGACAUGAAGGAUGUUGACAGCGAACACAUUGAGUUUGCCGACUUUGUUGGGAAGGUUUAGUCUGCGCUUUACCGGGGACUGAAGUGUUAAAUGGACCCUUUUACUCUUUUUUUACUUCUUCUUUUCUUCCUCUGGGAGGUCUCUUUCGUUCGGUCUGGGUCAUUACUUUUCUUUCCUCCCAUACUCCUCCUUUUCUUUCAAAUACCAAUCCAUCAUUUCUAAGAAAAAAGCUCGCGAUUGCCUUCCGCCUCCUUCGUUCUCUCCCUCGUAUCACCUCUCCCAUUUUCAUUUUCCCGCUUUUAUUUUCCACCUUCUACGACAGAGAGGGAAAAAAAAUCAAAAUCGAAAGUACAGUUAAUAGAACAUCGCAAGUUGGUGAUGCCGCGGCGUUAGUUUGGGUCUAGUUCAGUUCAGUUCAGCGCAAAUCCAGCCCAAUCUAAUUCAGUUCAAUUUCUUUUCUCUUUUCCGGUUUGUCUUGCGUUUGAAUACCUGAAGGCUAUGCCUGCAUGCUGGUGUUUGUGACAUUCGUGCUUUGUUCUAUUGCGUUGGGUCAUUUUUACUUUGAUUGGUCUAUGGACUCUUUAUUCUUUGUGUGUUGUGUAGGUAGAAGAAUUUGAUAGAGUAUAACAUG